ACUUCAAGGGCAGGUUAAAGGCCUAACUGGUAUUCAUGUUGAAUUCUUCAUUUAAACAACUGUCUGAGGUAGAUUCUGCUGUGUAGAGAGCUGUGCUGCAACUACACAAAGCAUGUUUUCAGAUGUGGUACUCACAGCCCUCAUUGACGCAGUGGUGGCACGGCGAGGUGCGCUCUUUGGAUACGGUGGCAUCUCAGUGCCUGCCCAGGCUCGGUUAAAGGCAUGGAAGGAGGUACGUGAUCUAGUAAAUGCGGUGGAGUCAACAACAUGGCCCUGGGAAGAAGUCCGCAAGAAGACCCUUGAUGUGAAAAGGUCAGCCAUUGCAAAGAUUGCAUAUAAUGCUGCUGAAAGAAGAACAAUUGCAGGGGAGCCAGCUUCCAUAAAGAAACUUACUCCACAUGAGGACAGAAUGGUGGAGAUCUUUGGCAGAGAGGCCAUAAUGGGAGUAUGCGACAUCACUCAUGGAGGAGAGCUGGAUAAGCCAGAAAACAGACAAAAUUAUGACAAAAGAGAUCUUAGAAGUGAUCUGGCUUCUUAUCGAUGGUCCCCUUCCUUGGCCUCACCCAGGUCAACCAGAUUUGCACCACAUACUCCAAAAACACACAAUAUCAACUCCGAUAGAAGCACUGUACUUGCUGCAGGCAAAGUGGCUGUGACACAUAGUAGAGGAAAACAUAUGAAUGAGUUGAAAGAUAUUGAGGAGAACGAUAAUGAGUGGGAAGAUUUACUGAAAGAGGAGAAUGUGGGGACUACUAAGCUUUCCCUACCAACACUAAGUCCUAGGUAUGACUCAUACCUCAAAGCUGGUCGUAGCUCACAUGAAGAAAGUGAAAUGGAAUCCGAUAUCUGUUUGAAGUUGCUGGCCAUGUGUGGCAAUAUCGAACUAGCUCUGCGGAAUUUGCAAACCACCAUGCAGCAGGAGCGUGCUGAUACAAGGAAGGAUGCCCAGCAGCUUUGUGAUUCUAUCAACAGUUUGCAUGAAGAUCUAGUUGCAAGGAUCAAUAGGAUGGCUAACGAGAUGCGAUCUUGUCCUCCUCUUUAUGAGCAGAGGGUAUUCUCUAAAACCUCGACUGGGUCAGCAACACUAGGCAUUGAUAUAGUGGAUGACAUUAAAUCUACCAUUACAACUAGUAUCACUGCUGCUAUUUCAGAUGGGUUUGCGUCUUUAGACAGGUCUUUUCAUGUGGGUUUCUGUUUGCUAGCUAACAAGUCUGUGCACAUGCUUGCUGAUGAGUCGCGAAUCCCUUGCACAAGUGUGUCUGUAUCAACUCAAACAGUCCAAGAUACCACCCCAGACACUCCCUCCACUUUGUUGCCACCUUCUCAAAUACCUACACUGGACCCACCCCAACUCUAGUUAUCACCCCAUCUACAAAUAUCUCCCCAAGGUGCUGGAACAAGCACCUCAUGCCUCCCAGCUCAGUUCCUUCCUCUCCCACCAUUCCCUGUAUGAAUCGCUCCAAUCUAGUUUCUGUCCCACCCACAGUACUGAGACAGCUUUAAUGAACCACAAACAACGUUUUCUUGCCUGUAACCAGGGCCCCCUGUAUCUUCUUUAUCUUUGCCACCUUUGACACUGUUGACAUCCUUCUCUAGCUUCUCCUUCCUCUUCCACCUGUUUGUCAUACAAGUAUCUCCACUUUGUCUCAUUCAAUGGCUUCCUGCCAUUUCCUGGAUAUUGCAGUAUUCCUCAGGGCUGUACCCUCAGUCCUCUCUUUUUCAUCAUCUUAGUGACACUAUGUCCCAGCAUGGGGUUGACUUCCAUAUGCAGGUAGAUGGUACCUUGCUGUGUCUACCUUCCACUCCAGGA